AUGUGUGUCUCGAGAGAUAUCAUUACCCCAAGAGUGGUGACUGCCGAGCCUGCAAAGAAGCGGGCAGCGCAGCGAAGACACUCGAGGGAAGAUGAUGAAGCUUCGAUCGACGAGCUGCCGGGCAACGAUGAAGUUGGCGACGGAAUCAGUCCGUGGGCGCCUCCAUCAGCGCGAGAAAAGGAAUGGAACAGCCAUUCCAGGCAAAAGGCGGACGAUGCCUGGUUGCAGGAGCACGCAGAGCGAAACCUAGAUCUACAAAGCAUCCGGGAGUCUCUGCCGGAUAGUCCUCCUUCUGGUCUCGGAUCCCCCACCCAUCAUCCUUCUCGUCGACAGCAUACCCGGAUCUACUUGGUGGAUGAUGAUGUUCACUACGCUCGUGGGGACAGCCAUGAGAGACGUCAUCGGCACGAGGAAUCGGGCAGAAGCCUUCCUGUCGAAAUACGCAGCAGAAGCGUCUACCGUCGACGGAGACAGGACAGUCAAGACAGUUUCGACAGUCUUCGCAGCUCCCGCUCAUCGGCUCGAAAGCAUACUCCUGCGCUCACCACUUACACGGCGUACGAGUAUAAUGAUGUCCACGAUUCGGGAUAUGGUGGCUCAUACGGCUCUCGGGCAUCCAAUGGAUACCGUGGAGCAAAAACCGAACCCUACGCCUACCCUCCAUCAUCUCCGCCGCCACGCGUCGUGAGCAUCAAACCACCCUCACCUCACUCUUAUACCCCUUACGGCGUCGGCCCAGUAAAUAUUGUCACACGCGCCCCGAUGUACGGGUACAGCCCCCCAAGGUAUUGA